AUGUCCACAGAUAUUCUACCGGAAGAUGUUGCAUGCCAACUACCACCCCGACCGUCCCUCCCUCUUCCUACAGAACUCGAGGAAAAGAUACUCUGCGAACUAUCUCUUAACGCCCGUGUCGUUGCUUCCUGUGUCUGUCAAAAAUGGGCAGAUAUCCUCGUCGCAACGCCGAACUUCAAGAAAAGACGAUAUACCUAUACAACACCACUCACCGAUAGUAACGUCACAGUGCAUCGCCUUGUCGCCGCUAGUACGGGGCAUAUGCAAUGUACUCUACAAAACGGGGGGGUUACAAAAUAUACAUUCUUUUAUUGGCGGCCAGAUAAAGCGAAACCUCUGAAGGUCGAUAUCACCAAUUCACCGUUUUUGGAUGACUCGGUGUUUUUAUACCCCCCGGUUGAGGAAACUUCUGGGGCUGUUAUAUCUGGGGAAUUGAGGUUUAGGAUCGGCGGGGUUAUAUGUGACCCCAUCCUCCGUGGCUUCUUUUGGCAUGGUGACGAAGAGGCUUCAGAAGGGGUAGAGCUUACGGUUAGACAGAUGACGGAACGGAUUGCCAAGAGGUUGGUCUCGGAGAUCGAGUCUUCGAGGUUGUUGGCGGACCGUGGGCUGACGGAUGAAGGUGUGGAACUGAAGUUUCGACCUACGGGACGCUGGACGGAGAAAGCGGGGAACGGAAUGGAUGCUGUUCGGGAUAAUAUGUCGGUUGUGGAAACUAGCACAAGGUUCGGAGAGAAAAACGUUCAACAAGGCUUUGUGAAGCAGAAUCCUUAUCAACAGAACUUUAAAUUUGCAAGUAAUACGUAG